AUGAGUACCUUUGCACUGCUAUUUUUGUACACACUGGGAAUAUCAGUGGUUCUGGCAGACCACAACAAAGAGGAAUCCAGACCUUCAGAGGCGCCGAGGCUCUCGGUGGAGCCAAAGCCUCCAGAAGAGCCCGCUAGUCAAAAAAGUGAGCCCUGCUCAAAGAGAUGUACCUGUCAUCAUGAUGACUACACCUUAGAGCUCAACGUCUAUUGCAGUACACGCAACUUCACUCAGGUGCCCUCCGACAUCCCCGCAUCUACACGUUCGCUAUGGCUGGAUGCAAACCUAUUCACUACAAUACCAGCAGGCUCCUUCGAAAAAUUGACCAAUCUGGAGUUCUUAAACCUACAGAGUGGCCUGCUGGUAACGGUUGAUGGCCAUGCAUUUAAAGGCCUGCAUUCCCUUGCUCACAUGCACCUUGAGAGAAACAACAUUCGUUCAUUACCCGGCAUUACCUUUCAAGGCACAUCGAACCUUGCUUCACUCAGUCUCAACAAUAAUCAGAUGUCUCGAAUAGAUGAAAAGUUAUUUGCGGGACUCUCUCAUAUGUGGUUGUUAAACUUGGGGUGGAAUUUGCUUUCUGUCCUGCCGGAGACGGCAUUCCAGGACCUGCAUGGAUUACGAGAGUUAGUUCUUGCUGGGAAUCGACUGGCUUAUCUACAACCUCAGCUAUUUCAGGGUCUCACUGAGCUCAAGGAAUUGGACCUAACUGGAAACUAUCUGAAGGUAAUAAAAGCAAAUGUGUUUCUGAAACUACCAAAGCUGCAGAAGCUUUACCUGGCGCAAAACCAGAUAGUAACGGUGGCACCUAGGGCAUUUGUAGGAAUGAAAUCAUUAAGGUGGUUUGAUCUCAGCAGAAAUCGCUUAUCGAUACUUCAUGAUGACACGUUCCUUGGCCUCCAUAGCCUACAUGUGCUUCGCCUGUCAAAUAACUCAAUCAGCAGCCUACGACCCGGGACUUUCCGUGACCUGCAGUACCUCGAGGAACUCUGUCUAUCUCACAAUCAGAUCCGUGCAUUGGGAGUCAGAGUUUUUGAAGGGUUGGGUCACUUGGAGGUUCUCAAUUUAGAGCAUAACCGGCUACAAGAGGCACGCAUGGGCACGUUUAUGGGUCUCAAUCACCUUGCUGUGAUAAAACUUACCGGUAGCUGUUUCCAAAGCCUACCAGAUCAAGUUUUCAAAGGUCUGUCGAAGCUUCACAGCAUUCACCUGGACAGAAGUUGUCUGGCAAAAGUCUCAACCCAAAGUUUUAUUGGCCUAACUGGCCUUCGGCGUCUUUUCCUACAGCACAACAACAUCUCUGUGGUUGAGCGGCAAAGUUUUGUUGAACUGCAAGGGCUACAGCAGCUUGAUCUAAGGUUCAACCAGUUAUCAUCCAUCACAUCUCACACGUUUUACGGCCUGAGGAACCUUGACUACCUGCUUCUGUCGGGCAACUUACUUCGUCAUCUUCCUGCUGAGGCAUUGCUGCCUUUGCAACAUCUGUCUUGGUUGGAUCUCUCUGGAAACAAGAUGGAGUCCAUACUCAACGCAACAAUAUACAUGCUGCCACGCCUGCGUUACUUGAACCUGAAAGACAAUGCGCUCAUCAACCUGCCGGGGUCUAUUCCUGAAACCUUGGACCAACUUUGGCUCUCGGGUAACAACUGGAAAUGUGACUGCAGUGCUAAACCGUUCAGAGAUUUUGUUUUGCGGAAGCCACAUGUGGUUCCGCUGCAGGUCGAAAUGCUUGGGGAUGGUGACGACACUCAUACACUUGUCACAAUAUACAACAACAUCACUUGUACCAGCCCACUCAGUGUUUCUGGACUUGACUUGCGAAACACUGUCAGUGAACACUUUCAGUACUGUUAA